GGAUAAUGUUGAUAGCAUAGCACAACACAACACCACCUUCUUCUUCUUCUUCCGCAUUAUCUCCUUCUCCAGAAAAUGGCUACUUUCCUAACAGCUGUUGUUUCAAUCAAAGCUACACUCUUCUCUUUCCAGCCCCAAACCUUCACCUCUUUGCAAUCUCAAACCAAUGCACUCUCCCUCAAACCUUCCCCUUCUUUCACCAAACCCAUCUCCGUCUCCCUUCCAAGGAUGAGACUCAUCCCUCACGCAACGAUGGAGACGGAGACGGAGACGGAGACGGAAGAAAAACCCGCUUUAGACCCUAACGCAGAAUCCUCAAGACGCGUCUACAUCGGAAACAUACCAAGAACAGUCACUAACGAACAGCUCACCAAAAUCGUCGAAGAACACGGCGCCGUUGAACAAGUCCAGGUGAUGUAUGAUAAGUACUCAGGAAGAAGCCGUAGGUUUGGUUUCGCUACAAUGAAAUCAGUUGAAGAUGCCAAUGCUGUCAUUGAGAAGUUGAAUGGCACUACCAUUGAAGGACGUGAGGUGAAGGUUAAUAUAACUGAGAAGCCUAUAGCAUCAUCAUCAUCGUCAUCACCUGAUUUGUCACUGCUUCAGUCUGAAGAUGCAGCUUUUGUGGAUAGUCCUUACAAAGUGUAUGUAGGGAAUCUAGCAAAGAGUGUUACUAAAGAGAUGCUUGAGAGUUUGUUUUCUGAGAAAGGGAAAGUUCUAAGUGCCAAGGUUUCGAGAGUGCCUGGUACUUCGAAAUCCACUGGGUUUGGGUUUGUGACGUUUUCUUCAGAUGAAGAUGUCGAAGCUGCCAUUUUGGCUCUUAACAACUCUUUGCUGGAAGGACAGAAGAUUCGGGUGAACAAGGCCUAGUGUGAAAGUGAGAGGGCGAGUCUUCUGGCAUCAUAAAGAACGUGAAGAGAAUCGCUUUUGUUUUUCUUUUUUGGUGUUGAGAGUUUGUAAUGCAAAACAUUUAGAGCAUAGUAUUUAUCAUCUUUGUAAUCAUUCUAAGUUGAUAAAAAUGAAAGCAUCAAGUUUAUUUCUCUC